GUACUUGUCAAUCAUGGCAAGCAAAGUAAAGUUGUGAGAGCGUACGAAUUAGACAAGCUAUUCCCUUGGGAUAUAACGAAAACUAGUCACAUUUUAUACCAUUGUUUAAACGGAGUGGAUAGCGUGAGACUUUAGGCGAAGCAAUGACUUCGUUGUUGCCUUUUACACCGCCGAUAGUAAAACGACUUUUGGGCUGGAAGAAAGGCGAGGAAAACGACGAAGACAAGUGGGCCGAGAAAGCGGUCAAGAGUUUGGUUAAAAAGUUGAAGAAGACCGGAGGUUUGGAAGAGCUUGAACGUGCUAUAACCAACCCAGGUCUACCUACAAAAUGCGUGACAAUUCCGCGAAGUUUAGACGGCCGGCUACAAGUAUCGCAUCGCAAAGGAUUGCCACAUGUUAUAUACUGUCGACUAUGGCGCUGGCCUGACCUUCAAAGUCAUCACGAACUGCGGCCUGUGGACUGCUGCGAGUUUGCUUUUAGUCUAAAAAAGGACGAAGUGUGUGUCAACCCGUUUCACUAUCAACGUGUGGAGACGCCAGCAUUGGCUCCAGUUUUAGUUCCUAUCCAUCCAACGGAACCACGUCCCUCAUAUCCGAAACUUGAUGAGUAUAUCAAUCCUAUGAACGAGGAUUUUCCAACAGCAGAGCCACCAAUGAUGACUCCAUAUUCCCCAGAUACGUCUUUAAUGCCAUAUAUGUCAGAUGAUGGGAUGUCAGAAGAUUCUAGUGUUGUAGGAAUGCCACAAGAAUCAGGUCAGCUAUCGCCUGAGCCCGCAAUGCCAUUAGCAGAAACCCAGCCGGUGCAGUACCAGGAACCACAGCAUUGGUGCGCAAUUGCGUAUUACGAAAUGAACUACCGAGUUGGUGAACCAUUCAACGCUUCAGCACCAAGUGUUACGGUAGAUGGCUUCACAGACCCAUCGAGUGCCGACCGAUUUUGUCUGGGUAUCUUAUCGAACAUCAACAGAAACCCGCAGGUUGAAACGACGAGGCGCCAUAUUGGAAAAGGCGUGCGAUUAUAUUACAUCGGUGGUGAGGUUUUUGCGGAGUGUCUGAGUGAUAGUAGUAUAUUCGUUCAAAGUCCUAAUUGUAAUCGUCGAUACGGCUGGCAUCCCUCGACUGUAUGCAAGAUACCGCCCGGGUGUAACCUGAAGAUAUUCAAUAAUCAGGAAUUCGCGCAAUUAUUGUCGCAGUCCGUAAACCAGGGCUUCGAAGCCGUUUACCGUCUCACACAGAUGUGCAUGAUUAGGAUGAGUUUUGUGAAAGGAUGGGGCGCAGAGUAUCGAAGACAGACAAUCACUAGCACCCCAUGUUGGGUGGAAGUUCAUCUGAACGGUCCACUACAGUGGCUAGAUAAGGUUCUCACCCAGAUGGGCAGCGCCAGCGGUAUAUGUUCAUCAAUGUCAUAGAAACAACACGCGUCAUUAUUACCAUGGCAACAGAAGAUGGUGUCGUGCAUUUGCAUGGUCUUCAUGAUGAAUAGAAACGGUGCCAUUGAGAACGGAGGUAGUGCGUGCCCUGGUAUGGUAAAAACAAUACAGCAAUGAUGCUGAAUAGACAAAUGCAUUAAGCGAUCAUAAUAACCGCGUCCGUUGCAUUACUGUACCUUGACUAUUGUAGGUUUCCAAAUUCUGUAUAGGUAAUGAUUGUCGACCAAUAUUCGGUUCUACUUUUACUCUGAUAUUUCCAAAAUGUUGGUACACGCAUAGCGAGGCAGAGCGGUUGGCGUGACAUGGUAUUUCACCUGGUGCUCGUAAAUAGGAAAACCAAUCACAACGAUGUGGAAUAAGGAAGCCUAUUACAGCGAUACUCCAUAAAUCACUUUCCAAAACAUCUUUUUCCGCAAUCUAGCAUUAAUUUCUCGUGUAGGCACAGCAGAAUUCAUAAUAACCAUUCCAUAACGAUAAACCUUGAUAAUUUAUUAAAACCGUACUGGUUUAUAUGCAACUAAAGUCCUCCUCAACCCUGUUGCGGUUAUUCGAUCACAACAUGGAAAUAACAAAGGCAGAAAGAAGAGCAACAGUUCAGAAACAUAUCAAACUGGUUAUCCUAUCGAUACGAAUACGCCUGAGCAUUCCCGUUGUUUCGAGGUCAAAUUUUGAAUUGUAGUAUCGGAGAUCUAGUGCCAUCCAAUGGGUAGCUAAAUGAAGCCACUGAUCCAUGAUAUAUAUAUAGUAGACAAAUAUGAAUAGUCGCCAUUAUGGCAUUCUCGAUCUUUGGUUUCCUCCGUGAAACGCGCGCUCCAGGUUUGUUCGUAUCGACGAGUUCAUAAAUCCAAUAUAUAUUUUAGAUUAUGCUUCCAAUUACUUUGCUAUUUUUGUACCAAAUCGUCGAAGAAAAUCUGUAGUAUUAGGUAGGAUGGUAUGUACAUACAUAGAAAAAUGUCUUCAAAUAACCAAGAUUCGAAAAAAUCGUGUCGUUUCUCU